AAGCCAUCAAAAGUUUAAUUGCAUUCUUGGAUAACAGUUGGGUGUGCGUCUUGGUGACAAAGUGCCACUCAUUUGAUAAGUGAACGUGCAACAAAGUGUGUCGCAAAGGAUUGAUACUUGUACUAGAGUACAUCCUGUGCAAGUGUGAUAAGUGGAGAAAUACACAUAUACGAGUACAUUCAUAUAUACAAUAAAAGUAUUCCAUCCAAUUUCAAACAAUUUUCCAAGUGAACAAUAGAAAAACAAACAAAGGAAUGAUAAUGAAACGGUUUUACUAUCUGCUCUGCGUGUGCCUGUUUUCGUGCCAUGUUGUGCACGCCUCCUAUUCUCACCUCCAAGCGAUUGAUUUCUCGCAGCUGCAGCAGCAACAGAAAUCAUCAAUUACCCAACAACAGCAGCAGCAACAGCAACAGGAUCAGCAAUCACAAGAGCAAACCGACACCACCACCGAUUCGUCCGAAGACUAUGACAGCCACCCGCAGUAUAGCUUCGCUUAUGAUGUGCGCGAUACGUUGACCGGCGAUGAGAAGCAGCAGGAGGAGAAACGCGACGGAGAUCUAGUGCAAGGACAGUACUCCCUUGUCGAGCCCGAUGGCACACGCCGUGUUGUGGAAUACACCGCUGAUGAUAUAAAUGGCUUCAACGCCGUAGUCUCCAAGCAAUUAGUUGAUGAGCGCUCCCGUGCCUCCGCCUCUGCCUCCGCCACUGCCUCCUCUUCGCGCUACAACAGUUAUGAGGCGCUACAAUCCCAAAUUCAAACUCAAGCCAUUGCUGAAGCUCAGGCCCAGGCUGCCUCGUAUGCUGAGGCACAAGCGAUCGCCGAAGCUCAACUCCAAGCUCAGGCCAAGGCGCACGCGGAAGCUAUGGCACAGGUACAAAGCGAAGCGGAGUUGCAAGCGCGCAUACAGGCCGAGACACAGGCACGCGCUCAGGCACAACAAUUGAUGGAACAGUUCCAGCAGCAGUACAAGCAACAACAACAACAGCAGCAGGAGCAACAAGAGCAAUUGGCACAACUGCAACAGCAGCAACAACAACAGCGUCAGCAGCAACAACUACGUUCACAAGCACAACAAUCCCAGGAACGUCUCACCAACGAACAAGCCCUACUGCUCUCACAGUCACUGCCCUCACGCACGCUCGGCCACAGCUUGCACGCCACUGUCGUCUCACAUCCGCCCACAAUACUCUCACGUCCACCCACCGGCAGCGUUUACGCCCAACAGCGCGACAUUACAACGCUGAAAGAGUUGCGCGACGGCAACGCGCGCCAAAUUAUCGAACGCACUAACCUGCCGCAAAUUGUCAUUACCCAACCCGCCAGCGCUACGGUACAAGCUCAAGUCAUACACUCGCCACUGCUUUUAGAUGGCAGCGCUGGCACGACCGGCAUGCGCAGCGUCAUCUCGACGAAAAUCACCAAUGCCAGCGGUAAUAGCGGACGCAGCAGCAGCAGCAUAUCGCUACGUGGCGACGGCGGCCGCUUGACUACCACCGACCAACUGCUCAACCAGCUCGACAAUGACGAUGACGACACACUGACGCGCACCAGCUUGCGUCUACUAAGUGGCACCGGCGGCAGCAGCAGCGGUAGUAGCAUUAAGGGACGCAUUGGUGGUACUGGCACUGGCAGUGGUUUAGGCAGUAGCAGCGCCGGCAAUGGUAUCAGCAUUUUGGACAGCUCAAGCAGCGGCGGCUCGGAUGAGCGUGCCAGCGGUCGUGAUGAAAAUGCCUUACGCAGUAGCCUGCGGAACUCGAAUCGGCGCCUGCAGAACCUCUUCGCCAGCAGCGGCAGUGGCGCGAAUGGCGGCAGCAGUGGCAAAUCGACAUGGUAAACGAAACGAAAAACGACGAGAAAUUCACAAAAUAAAAAAUAUAUUUAAACUUCAAUGAAUAGUGCGAGAGAGUAGGACGAAAACGCUAACGAAUGAGUAGAAUAGUUAAUAAGGGAGAACGAAAUGCCAGAAAGCGUAUUAGGAGAUUAGUGUCGGCGACAGACCCCAGCUAACGUACAACGGACAAUGAUUUGACCAAGCCGCCAUUAGUAACGGCAUUAACAUAGUCUUAGGCUUUAGUUUUUAGUAAUUUUUUACAUCUUCUUCUCAAUAGUCUUACGACACUAACAAGUAUUUCACUUACUACUCAGUUCAACUUAGCUUUACACACAUACAUGCAUACAUAUGUAGUUGUAUUUUAUCGGGAUUUCGGGUGAACUUCGACUAUCGCUUUUUCUGCUUACGCUGCAAUGACGAUUGCACACCUUAAGACGCGCGCGCGUAACACUAACCCCGCUUACUAACAUACAUACUCGUACUUACAUACAUGCUUUAACUACGCUUUUUUGCAAGAACAUACGAACGUGAAUAAACCACUGGGAAUUAUAGUAUAUCCAUAUAUAUAUUUGUAAAGUUUUUUUAAAUAAUUUUUUAAUAUUCUUCAACAAUUAUAUUCCUUCUAAAUAGCUACUUAACACUAUUAUAUACUUAGUGAUUGACACUAAGUUGAUGUUUCAACUCUCUUUGUACAAUAUUCUCUUAUUUUAGAUCUUCUUUGUACAAUAUUUAUUAACACUUAACUCAGUGAACUUAAUUAAUUUUCUAAUGAAUAAUUUGUUGUUUAUCUAAGCUUUCUUAUUGUAUUUUCCUCAUAUGGUUAACUUAAAUUGCUCUUUGUGUAGUUUUUUCCACAAUCAUUGUUCUUCUUUUACACUCUUCUUCGUGUUGACUUUAUGUGACUAACAAAGCUUUAACUAAUUUACGCUCACUAACCAAUAUUGCAUUUUUCUAUUCAACAUGUUCUCACAUUUUAAGAAUUUAGUUAUCUAAGCGCAACUUGCAAUUUUUCAAUGGCAUACAAAAAACCAAAAAAAAAAAAAUUAAUAAAUGAUUUUAUAUUUCAUAAGUUU